UUAUCAUUUUGCUUUGCGGCUUCCGUAGAGGCUCCUUGUUACCAAGGCAGCCAGGAAGAAGCUUUUUAAGUAAGUCGCUGACACUUCGCUUCUUUAUUUUUUAACCUUUUUUGAGCAUGAAGCGUUUCCUAUUUCAAGCAGAUGUACCCCCAUUUUAUCAUCAUUUAAAAUACUUCCCUCCACCCCAGUAAGGUUACGGUAGUAUAGCUAGUCAUCGCUAUCUCCAUGAUGCUAACACGCUAGCUUAAUACGCAAGAGGUUAUUUUGAUUGCUAUUAGAUUCAUGUAGCUUGUCAACAGUGUCUGCUGCUUUCAAUAUAGUUUUACUUUAAGGAGGGCGUUUUAAAGCUACAGUUGUCGUUGGCCAGCAGCAGCAAUGCGCCCCCCUAAAGACUGACCGCGCGCCCGCCAUCAUGGGCACAGCCUCCUCCCUGGUCAGCCCAGGCGAGGUGAUCGAGGACGGCUAUGGGGGUGACGGCGGAGAGGCCUGUGAGAUCCCCGUGGAGGUCAAGCCCAAAGCCCGGCUUCUCCGCAGCUCCUUUCGCAGAGGACCUCGGGUGAUCGGAGCCAGUUUCAAGUCAACGGGCUCGGUAGACCUGGAGUACGCCGCCGAGUAUGAACGCCUCCGGAAAGAGUACGACAUCUUCCGUGUGAGCAAGAACAACGAGAUCACAUCUAUGCAAAAGAAGGAGGCUAAGCUAGAUGAGGAGAACAAGAGACUGAGAGCUGAGCUACAGGCUUUGCAGAAGACCUACCAAAAGAUCCUCAGGGAGAAAGACAGCGCUUUGGAGACAAAGUACCAGGCCAUGGAAAGAGCUUCCACAUUUGAACAUGACAGGGACAAAGUGAAAAGGCAAUUUAAGAUUUUUCGGGAGACAAAGGAGAAGGAAAUUCAGGAUCUCCUUCGUGCUAAGAGGGACUUGGAAUCCAAACUUCAACAACUGCAAGCUCAGGGCAUCCAGGUUUAUUAUCCCAAUGAUUCUGAUUCAGACGACAACCAAACAACCGUGACAGCUGCAGGUACACAAUGUGAGUACUGGACUGGGGGCGUGCUGGGAAGCGAACCCUCCAUGGGCAGCAUGAUGCAACUGCAGCAAACCUUCAGAGGACCAGAGUUGGCACACAGCCUCAUCGACGUGGAGGGUCCCUUUGCCAAUGUGAGCAGAGACGACUGGGAUGCUGCGGUGGCUAGUCUGCUGCAGGUGUCCCCUCAUGUGCCUCAGGCCUUGUGGAGCAACACAGUGCGCUGCUACUUCAUUUCCACACCAGAGACCAAAGCAGAAGUGGACAUUUUUAGCAAGAAACACGCACCUGUGCUGAGGAGGCUGUGUGAGGCUCUGGGACAUUUCUAUCUGAACAUCUGCUUUCCAGAAAACAAUGCUGCCUCAUACACUGUGGUCCGAAAGCAGGAGAUAGAGAGGAGCUCGGUGUGCGUGCUGCUUAUCAAAUCCACCAUCAGCAGCCCUGUGGUGGAGGACUGUCAGGAGGCUUUUGUGAAGAAUCCAGAUGGCCAUCCUUUAAUACUCUACCUCAAGACUCAAGAAGAUGCUGAUCUGUCUGGGCCGACAAGGACACUUUUGGAGAGACUCAACGCUGCAGACAAGACUGCUAAAAUAAAGGUGUUGGAUCACAGUGGUUCUGCAGAAGAUGGGGCUGCCCUAAUUUCUGCUCAGUUGGAGAAAGUCAUCAAACAGGAGUUGCUUGGCCUCGAAGGAGCAGACGCUGACUCAAAGGACUCUGGGAUUGAUGAGGGCCGCGAGGAAGACUUGGGCGAUGUCCUGUGGGACCUGCAUGAUGAGCAGGAGCAAAUGGAGUCCUACCAGCAGGCUUGUAGCAGCACCAGCUCUCAGCUGGGCUUCCAGAAGUAUGUGGAGCGUCUCAAUGACAUGAUCGCCGCCCCUCCUCCCACACCCCCUCUGCUGGUGUCAGGUGGGCCAGGUUCUGGGAAGUCCCUCCUCCUCGCCAAAUGGAUUGAACUGCAGCAGAAGCAGACCCCCAACACCUUGUUCCUAUAUCAUUUUGUUGGGCGACCCCUUUCCUCGAGCUCAGAGCCCGUCCUCAUCAUCAAGCGCCUCACAGUCAAACUGCUUCAACACUUCUGGUCCAUUUCGGGCUUGUCCAUGGAGCCCAGUAAAAUUUUGGAGGAGUUCCCACGCUGGCUGGAGAGGCUGUCAGCGCGUCACCAAGGCAAUAUCAUCAUCAUUAUUGACUCCAUUGACCAAAUACAGCAAGCAGAAAGACACAUGAAGUGGCUGAUUGACCCACUGCCUGUCAACGUCAGAGUGGUCGUGUCUGUUAAUGUGGAGACGUGUCCACAAGCCUGGAGAUUGUGGCCCACUCUCCACUUGGAUCCACUGAGUGUCAAGGAGGUCAGGAAUGUGGUGACUGCCGAGUGCCAAAGCGUGGAUCUUCAGCUGUCCAAGGAUCAGGAGAAGAAGCUGGAAAGACAUUGUCGUUCUGCAUCAACCUGCAAUGCUCUAUACGUCACACUGCUAGCAAGGAUGAGCACCAGUAGCUGGUACUGGUCACUGGAGAAAAGCCUUGAGCAGUGCCUCCAGUGUCAGGACACCUUGGCUCUCUACCGCCUUGCACUCAAAAUUAUGUUGGACUCUCUCAGGUCAGACAGAGAGCAAUACUACAUGAGAGAGAUACUGUGCCUUGUGUAUUCCAGCCAUAAUGGAGUGAGCGAAUCGGAAGUGCUGGAUCUUUUCCCAGAAAUGGAAUUUGCCAUACUGUCCUCACUGCUGUACCAUCUGAGCAGAGUCUGCAUUAUCACCCUGCGCUGUGGCCUCAUCAGGUUCCAGCACCUGCAGGCGUGGGAAGCAGUGAGUUUGGAGUUCCUGAGUGGUGGAUGCAGCUGUAGUACCUACAGAGACAAACUGAUCCACUACUUCAGCCAGCACCUUAGUCAUGAUGGUGUGACGUGGCGUGUUGCAGACGAGUUGCCCUGGUUGCUGCAGCAACAAGAGGAAAAAAGCAAACUCCAGCUCAGCCUCCUGAACCUGUUUGUGUCCCAGAACCUGUACAAGAGGGGUCAUUUCUCUGAGCUGCUGGCCUACUGGCAGUAUGUGGGUAAGGACAAGAACUCCAUGGCCACAGAGUACUUUGACUCUUUGAAACACUAUGAGAAGAACUGUCAGAGUGAGGACAGCAUGACCAACCUGGCCAACUUGUAUGAGACUUUAGGGCGCUUUCUCAAAGAUUUGGGGCUCCCCAGUCAGGCUGUGGCUCCUCUACAGCGCUCACUUGAAAUCAGAGAGACUGCCCUGGACCCAGACCACCCUAGCGUGGCACGCUCCUUGCACCAGCUGGCUGGGGUGUACGUCCAGUGGAAAAAGUACGGCAAUGCCGAGCAGCUCUACAAGCAGGCGAUGGAGAUAAGUGAGAACGCUUACGGGGCUGAACAUGCCAGUGUGGCACGAGAGUUGGAGUCCCUUGCAGUGCUUUACCAGAAACAGAACAAGUAUGAGCAAGCGGAGAAGUUCAAGAAGAGGUCCAUGAAGAUAAGGCAGAAAACAGCUCGCCAGAAAGGUCACAUGUAUGGCUUCACUUUGUUGCGUCGCCGAGCCCUCCAGCUUGAAGAGCUCACCCUGGGGACAGACUCUGCGGACUGCGCCAAGACUCUCAAUGAACUGGGCGUGCUUUACUACCUCCAAAACAACCUGGAUGCUGCUAACGUGUUCCUGACCCGGUCUCUUGAGAUGCGUCAGCGUGUCCUGGGUCCCAAUCACCCUGACUGUGCCCAGUCCCUCAACAAUCUGGCGGCGCUGCACACGGAGAGGCGAGACUAUGAGGCGGCCGAGGACAUGUACGAGAGGGCUCUAGACAUCCGUAAGAGGGCCCUGUCCCCGGACCACCCCUCGCUGGCCUACACGCUCAAACACCUGGCCAUGCUGUACAAGCGCAGGGGGAAGCUGGAGAAGGCGGUGCCCCUCUAUGAGCUCUCGUUGGACAUCAGAGAAAAGAGUUUUGGCCCCAAACACCCCAGCGUCGCCACGGCACUGGUCAACCUGGCGGUGAUCUACUGUCAGCUGAAGAAGCACAGUGAAGCCUUGCCCCUCUACGAGCGAGCACUCAAAGUAUACGAGGACACUUUGGGACGGUCACAUCCUCGCGUUGGAGAGACACUAAAGAAUCUGGCCCUGCUCAGCUAUGAAGAGGGCGACUUUGAGAAGGCGGCCGAGCUUUACAAGCACGCCAUGGAGAUCAAGGAGGCGGAGCCGUCACUGGUGUGUGGAAAUGCAGUGUCGCGCCACUCAUCCAGCACUGACACCUUCAGCUUAAGGGGACCGGCUCCCCCCUCUCAAGGCCCAAACAUGGAAGAGUUGACGACUCCAGUGCGACAACAUCAUCAUUUCAAUGUCGACAGACUUAAAAAGUAUCUGUCUGCUAAGUCGUACGUGUCUAACAACGACACGCUGUCAGUCAGACAGUACAGUGCCGGACAGUCUAACCCUACAUUCCUCAUCCAAACACAUUCUACAAGUUAUGUACUCAGGAAGAAGCCUCCUGGUGCGCUGUUACCCGGAGCUCAUAAGGUGGAUCGAGAAUAUUGUGUCCAGAAGGCCCUGUAUUCCGCUGGUUUCCCUGUGCCAAAGCCCCUUAUCCACUGCACUGAAGUUAAUGUCAUUGGAACAGAGUUCUACCUGAUGGAGCAUGUUGAGGGGCGGGUAUUUCGGGACCUCCGCCUGCCUGGCGUGAGCCCAGCAGAGAGAGCAGCUCUAUAUGUGACGGCUGUGGAGGUCCUGGCCAAGAUGCAUUCACUGGACCUGGCAGCAUUGAAGCUUGAUAGCUAUGGCAAAGGAGCACACUACUCUCGGAGACAGGUGUCCACUUGGACCAAGCAGUACACUGCAUCCGCUCACCGGGACAUCCAACCUAUGAAUGAGCUGUCCAAUUGGUUAAUGAACAAUUUUCCAGCCAAUGAGGAGGAGGUCACACUCGUCCAUGGAGAUUUCAGAGUGGACAACUUGAUCUUCCAUCCCACUGAGGCCCGUGUGCUGGCAGUGUUGGACUGGGAGCUGUCCACCACUGGACAGCCUCUGGCAGACCUGGCCUACUUCCUCAUGCCUCACUACUGGCCCUCAGGCCUCACCAUACUGAGCACAAUGGGCAGCCUAAAAGGAAUAAGAGGUAUUCCCACGGUGGACGACCUGAUCUCUGUUUACAAGCGCUGUCGGGGUAUCACUUCUGCUUUGCCGCAGUUGAAGUUUUAUUUGGCUCUGUCCUUCUUCAAGAUGGCAGGAAUAGCUCAGGGAGUAUAUGCACGCCACCUACUUGGCAAUGCCAGCGCUGCCAACGCUGCGGAGUUCGGCCAUUGUGUGGAGCCCCUGGCGGUCUCCGCCCUGCAGCUCAUACAGAGCAGACCUCUGAAGGCUCCACAGGAAGCCAGGUUGUUUCUGCAGACGCCCAAUGGUCAGGCAGUGCUCCAGCAGGUGAAGGACUUCAUGAGACAGUUUGUGCUUCCAGCUCAGAAGGAAGUUUCAGACUACUACGUCAAACAUGCUCAGUCCCCUCUACGGUGGAACACCCCCCAAAUAAUAGAAGACUUAAAGGUGAAAGCCAGGGAGGCAGGGCUAUGGAACCUUUUCCUGCCGGCCGCCAGCAAACUCACUCAACUGGACUAUGCCUUCAUCGCAGAGGAGACUGGACGCUGCCUCUUUGCACCAGAAGUCUUUAACUGCCAGGCGCCUGACACAGGAAACAUGGAGGUGCUCCACAUGUUUGGCACAGAGGAGCAAAAGAAAAUGUGGCUGGAACCUCUGCUGAGAGGAGAGAUGCGCUCGUGCUUCUGCAUGACAGAGCCUGAUGUGGCCUCUAGUGAUGCAACCAACAUGGAGUGCAGUCUUCACCAGGAGGAGGACAACUUUGUCAUCAAUGGAAAGAAGUGGUGGAGUAGCGGUGCAGGGAAUCCUCGAUGCAAAGUGGCCAUUGUCAUGUGCACCAGCACCACCACCAGCACCACCAUCAGACAUGGCCAACACAGUAUGGUCCUGGUGCCUUUGGAUGCCGAUGGUGUCAAACUGGUCAGGCCACUCACUGUCUUUGGACAAGAUGAUGCCAUCCAUGGCGGACACUUUGAGAUCCACUUUAAAAACGUGAGAGUUCCUGUCUCCAACAUCAUUCUGGGCGAGGGCCGAGGCUUUGAGAUUGCUCAGGCUCGUCUGGGAGCAGGUAGGCUGCAUCACUGCAUGAGAGCUGUGGGUCUGGCUGAGCUUGCACUGGAGCUGCUGUGCCAGCGUGCCGCCUCUAGGAGAACCUUUGGCAAGAAACUGUACCAACAUGAGGUGGUUGCUCACUGGAUAGCGGAGUGCAGACUCAUGAUAGAGCAGAGCCGCCUGCUGACGCUUUGUGCUGCACACACUCUUGACACGCUGGGAGGACGUGCUGCUCGCAAACAGAUAGCAAUGGUGAAGGUGGCAGCAGCCAGGAUGGCGUGCAAGGUACUGGACUGUGCUAUACAAGUGCAUGGAGGGGCAGGCGUAUCUGAAGACUUCCCCUUGGCACACAUGUAUGCCUAUGCCAGGACUUUACGCAUUGCUGAUGGACCAGAUGAAGUGCACCUGUCCACCAUCGCUGGUCUGGAACUGAAGGAUCAAAUGACCAAGGCCAAACUGUGACAUCAUCACAUCAUCUGUGUUGGAGGGACCUGCCGAGGACGACAAAGAUGUUCUGCAGUUUGAACAUCUACUCUUUGAUGUCAUGUGAAAGGCUAACAGGAAUGAAGGACGACCACCAACAACACACUUCUGGCCAAGCGAAAAGCUUUGCACAUUAUAUUUUCUGACAACACUGAACAAAAAUCUCAGAAACGGAUUCCAACAUCCAACAACAUGCAGCAAUGUUCUUUUUUGUCAGCAGAGGUUUCCUCCGUGGUGUCCUUCCAUUAACUCUCUCCAUUUGUAGAUGAUCUGUCUAACUGUUGAUGUCCAUAUCAAGGCCUUUAGAAAUACUUUUGUAUCCGCUACCAGCCUUAUGUAGCUCAACAAUUCUUGCUCGCAGGUCUUCAGAGAGCUCUUCAGAGAGCUCUCAUGGUUCCAAUCAGACAAUGCUUCUUCUGAAAAGCCAUUUCAAACCUAGUGUGAGUUUUUAAAGGGCAGGGCAGCUUGAUACGACUCCUGCAAAGUCGUCACACUAAUUGAACUCCAUGUUGGAUGACACCUGACUCAAAUUAGCUCUUGUAGAAGUCAUUUACCAAGGGGUUCACAUACUUUUUCCACCCUGUACUGUGAGUUUUUGACCUGAUGUGUUCAAUGACAAGAUGAAAUUAUAAAAUGUUGUGCCGUAUUAGUUACAACAGAAGUUGUUUAUCUAUUGUGGUGACCUACAUGAAGAUCAUGUUAUGCGAAAUAUAUGCCGAAAUCCAAGAAAUCCCAAAGGAUUCACAUACUUUUUCUUGCCACUGUAAAAGCACAAACUGAAUGUAGACUCACCUCUGGUACAAGCCUGGAGUUGGUUCUCCCGAGAGAUUAUUGCGUUGUUUUUGCAUGUAUGUAUGCUAACAUGAAGUGACUUGACAACAAAUACUAACAUGAGCACUAAACACAAAUACAGUAUAUCAUCAUCAAACCUCAACUUUAUAGUACAGUCACACACAGCAUUAGCAUUUGGGAAAAACAGUCUAUCCAUGACAACAGCAGUGACACUUUAGCUUUGUCUCGGAAUGCAAAACGUUCAAGGACCCUUGAAAAAAGUGGGAAUAAAUAUUAUGAAACGCAUAAAAAUGCAAAAAUUAUGGGCUUUCUAACGGUAUAGUCAUCCCUCGCUACAUAGAGGUUUGAAUAUCGCUCCACCACUCUGUAGUGGUUUUUCGAAAAUUAAUUUCUUAAUAAAUGAAUCAUGAUUGUCUAAGGACUAU